ACAUCACUGAAGCAUGACUUAAGAAAAUUCUUCAGUUCUUUCACACAGGUGUGUUUUUUAAAGAUAAGUAUAAGGAACCAAACAAUUAAAUGUAUUCUUAUUCAAGGUUUCUGUACAUAGCCUUAAAAAAAUAAAAUAAAAAAGUCUGCCUCCUUGACCCCGCAAAACAGAUUUCAGGUAACUAAAUUACCUCUACUACUAGUUCUAGAAUUAGUGGUAGUCAUUCUGAUGAGGUGGGAUAUGAAAAGAAAACUAGUAAAAUCAAUUCAUGAAUUUCUACCUAAAAGUCCUUAUCCAAGGAAAUAUUCCCAAAAGAAAUGGAGGAAAAAAAGAUUAGUAAAGGAAAUAUCUCACACUUAAACAUGCUAUAUAAGGAAAGACAGCCGAAAGGAAAUCUUGCAGGGAAUUUUAUCCCUUUGAACUUUUAAAUAAACUCUUAAGUAAGAUUAUGCAAACUUACUAAAAGACCGGUCCUGAUUAGAGAAAAAAUGCACCCCUUCUCCAAGUCAGUUCUAGAGGCUUUCUCCAGAGUUGUUAAGGUCUGUCAUGGGUAAAGAUAGACCUCCUAACAAACCAGCAUUCUUUUCCACAGGAUCAGAGCUAACUGGCCCCCUGCAGACUAAGUGACCAAUCACAUCAGCUUCAGCUGAAACCAGCCCCCACGACAUUAUAAACAGAGCAAUGUGAACCGUAAACCCAGUCCAAGAAGAGAACCUACAAGCUGGACUUGUAGAUUAAAAUUACCUCACCCAAAAGACAGGCUCUGAAAGCUUCCUCCAGACCUACCCGUGUAUAAGGCUGGCCCAGCAAAAGAACUGAGAAUUACAGCCUGAGAUGGAUGGCCGUGAUUGCAAAGUUAUUGCUCCUCCCCUAACUCAGAGAUACCGGAGGAUGGUCACCAAGGAUGGCCACAGCACACUUCAAAUGGAUGGCGCUCAAAGAGGUCUUGCAUAUCUUCGAGACGCUUGGGGAAUCCUAAUGGACAUGCGCUGGCGCUGGAUGAUGUUGGUUUUUUCUGCUUCUUUUGUUAUCCACUGGCUUGUCUUUGCAGUGCUCUGGUAUGUUCUAGCUGAGAUGAAUGGUGAUCUGGAUCUAGAUCAUGAUGCCCCACCUGAAAACCACACUAUCUGUGUCAAGUACAUCACCAGUUUCACAGCUGCGUUCUCCUUCUCCCUGGAGACACAACUUACAAUUGGUUAUGGUACCAUGUUCCCCAGUGGCGACUGUCCAAGUGCAGUCGCCCUACUUGCCAUACAAAUGCUCCUAGGCCUCAUGCUAGAGGCUUUCAUCACAGGUGCCUUUGUGGCGAAGAUCGCCCGGCCAAAAAAUCGAGCUUUCUCAAUUCGCUUUACUGACUUAGCAGUAGUAGCUCACAUAGAUGGUAAACCUAACCUUAUUUUCCAAGUGGCCAACACUCGACCUAGCCCUCUAACCAGUGUUCGGGUCGCAGCUGUACUCUAUCAGGAAAGAGAAAACGGCGAACUCUACCAGACCAGUGUGGACUUCCACCUUGAUGGCAUCAGUUCUGAGGAAUGUCCAUUCUUUAUCUUUCCACUAACCUACUAUCACUCCAUUAUACCAUCGAGUCCCCUGGCUACUCUGCUGCAGCAUGAAAAUCCUCCCCACUUUGAAUUAGUUGUGUUCCUUUCAGCAAUGCAGGAAGGCACUGGAGAAAUAUGCCAAAGGAGGACAUCCUACCUACCCUCCGAGAUCAUGUUACAUCACUGUUUUACAUCUCUGCUGACCCGAGGUUCCAAAGGUGAAUAUCAAAUCAAGAUGGAGAAUUUUGAUAAGACUAUUCCUGAACUUCCAACGCCUCUGGUCUCCAAGAGCCCAAACAGGACUGACCUGGACAUCCAUAUCAAUGGACAAAGCAUUGACAAUUUUCAGAUCUCUGAAACAGGACUGACAGAGUAAGAAAUAUCCAUAGCACCCUAUUUUUUAAUGUAUUAAAUAUACUCAGCCAGUUAUGCACCUAUUUUUCCUUCAUCAUAUCUCACGUUUUCUUUUUUUCCAAUGCUGAUUACAUCUUUCUAAUUACAUCACGGUGAUCAAGCCUCCGGCCAUAAAAAAAAAAAUGGCUAGCAAUACACAUUGUGGAAAUACAACAUUAUACAAAGUUUGUAUCUGUGGUUAUCUGCUGAAAUCAAUGCAUCUGAAUGUAACAGAUAUUUACAAUAACAGAAAUGCUGUUGGUGAGUUUGUAUGGAUGUGGUAUGAUACCAGUAAUGAAG